AUGCUGCGCCCCACCCUUGUCAAGUGGCUGGAGCGCAAACACGUGCGCCCCAUCAUGGAGAGAGUUGCCCAAAGCGCGGUGCGAGGGCCAUCGGCAGUCCACAGUCCGUCUCACAUGAGUGCAGGUGCAGCCUCAUCAUCGCUGUACCGCGCUGGUGACAUGGACGAUGUCGACGAGGCGGAGUCGCUGGACAUGAUGGACGACACCCCGGUCGAGUCUUUUGGCCUCCCCUCUCCAGUCGCGCUGCGACGUGGUGUUCACCCGCCAGAGCGGCGAUCACGCGCUGCCAACACCUACAGCUGGUCAUCUGGUGCGGACGUUGCUGGUGUCGGCAGCAGUACUGUAGAGCACCGCGAUAGACCAAGGUGGGAAGAGAGUCCAGUGAGUCCUUCACGGCGCGUCAUCACGGCUGCCCGGCGGCAUCACAGCCCAUCUGCGGAGCCUCCCUCUGCCUCUCGGCAUGCGCACACACCCGCUGCACAUGCACCACUGUCCAGCUCCCCUCGUGAGGCUCAAUUCAGGGAUCACGCCAAGGGCGUGCCGCAUCACGAAGACCCUGAGCAUGUCACUGCUGCUGUGAGUCCUACCCAUGACAAUGACGAUGCCCGUGGCACCAGCGGUGAAACAGGAGAGUCCGCUGAGGACACGACCACGACGGCCAAGUCCUCCGAUGCCUACCGCUUCCUCUUGCACCACAUCGACGCCGAGAUCGCUGCACUGCAGCGCCGUCACACCUCUGUCACGACUCGGCGUCAGGCCAUCCAGACGCGCCAGACACAGCGCAUCAAGGAGUUGUUUGAGGUGAUGGAAAAUCCAUGGACGCUGCUGCCGACAGAGGUACAACCGGCACUGCCUGCUACCGGGUUAGAUGUGUACAUCAAGGAGCAGCAGAUCGUGCGCCAGCAACAGAGCCCCACUCACCCCAUACCGGAGGGCCAGGACAAGAUGUACGUGCUGGCGUUGCACAAGAACUACAAGUCCAUGCCAGUGGGCCGCAAGCGGUUCUACGAGGAGGCGGCACACUACAACGCUGCCGUGCGAGAAGAGCUCAAGUAUCUUCUCACUCGCGGCUGCUCCCGCUUCGAGGCAUUCCUCGACACCAUCAAGGAGUGCACGAUGGACAUGGCACGGGAAGGGAAGGUGCCAGAACGGCCCUCUACGCACGCACAGAACCGCUUUCACGCAGCGCGCGGCGGUGUGCCCAACUACCGCCAUGCCGGCCUACCCCGGACCUCUCCAGGUGGCGGCGACGUCGGCACCACACGAGGUCGUAAGUCGCACCAGCAGGUGCAGUCUCAACACAGCGCCGCGACGCAGGAGAGGCCUGCCAGAGCAGAGGCAGAGGCAGAGGAGGUGGACGCCAGUACGGAAGAGGAGGACGAGGGCGAGGAGGUGGAGAACGCUGCCAAGGAAGCGAGGCGUGGGGCACGGCACGUCUCGACGGGGCUCAAGGGAAGACAGAAAGCGUCGCGCCGGGUCAAGAAUGCAGCGAAGAAGGCGCACGCUAAAGCCUCCACUGCCGCUGCGGAGGUUCGUUCCUCUGCGAAGGUACCGAAGGGGCGGAAGGCACCUCAGACCUCCGCCAAGAAGCAGCUAACCGCCAAGCCAGUCCACAGGGUAAAGAGCAGUAGCGGAGCGAGCACUGGUGGCAGUGGCAGAAGCGAUACCAAGAAGGUAGGGAGUAGGGCAGCCCGCCGCAGUGGUGUAUCGCACUCCAUCCCACUACCCAACCUUGACCACCUCGCCCUCAAGAAGAUCAAACGAAUGGUCAGCCCGCCGUUCAGUUCUGGCGGUGCAGCAAAGAAGGCGGCCAAGAAGUUGUCGCCAUCGCUGAAGUCAGCCGCCGGUGGCAAGCAAAAGCGAAAGAAGUAG